AUGAAGGUCACCAUCAAGCGGUGGAACGCCGUGGCGGCAUGGAGAUGGGAUAUGCCUGAAGAUGAUGUCUGUGGGAUAUGCAGGAAUCCUUAUGAUAGCACCUGCUCUAAGUGUAAAUAUCCCGGAGAUCAGUGUCCUCUUUUGAUGGGCGACUGUAAUCACUCUUUCCAUAUGCACUGCAUAUAUGCCUGGGUUCAACAAGAAGCCUCCCAAGAGCGUUGUCCUAUGUGUCGUCAAGGUAUGUGA